GGAAAGAAUAAGAGAAAUACAGAGAGGGAAAAAAACAAAACAGAGGUCUAGCCGUCUAGGGUAAGAAAGAUGUCGAAUUCAACAUCUUCUGAUCGAUUAGGUCAGUGGGACGAAGACUCGAACCGUCCCCACAAGAAGCGGAAGUAUUCACAAACCAGAUCAGAGACGAACGUGAUAGAGGAUGAUGCAGAUUCGUCGAGAAAGAGGAACCGUUCAAUCCUAAGAAAGCCAGAAAGCGAUUCGUGGGUGGUGGCUCGUUGUCUCGGAAGCGACUCAAACGCCUCUGUUUACUUAGCCUUAAGAACGACCGAAGACGGCGAAGACGAUCUUCCUUCCAGGAUGGCCAUAAAGUCUAACGAGAUCUCAGAAUCAGCAUAUCUCAUGAUUGAGGAGAAGUUCUUAACCCGUCUCAAAGGCCAAUACAUCGUGUCUUGCUACGGCCACGAGAUAACAGAGGAGAAGAACGAGAAGAAGAAGUACUUCAACACCAUACUCGAGUACUGUCCUGGCCAAACCCUAGAGAAGCAAAUCAAAAGCCACAGAGAAGGGUUACCAAUUGAUGAUGUGAAGAGAUUCGCUAGCGAUAUCUUGCGUGGUCUCAAGUGUAUACACGGAGAAGAGAUCAUUCACCGCGACAUCAAACCAAAGAACAUCUUACUCAAGCCUCUGAACAGCCUAUUUGCCAAGUAUGGGUAUAACAAUGCUAAGAUCUCUGGUUUGGGAAACGCGUUGGAGAAAAAGCGGAUUGAUGAUGGUGAAAACUGGAAUCACACGAGUGGUACCGCAAGGUUUAUGUCACCGGAGCUUAUAGGGGACAAGGUUUUGGACUAUGGUGCGGAUGUGUGGGCUUUUGGUUGUACUGUGCUUGAGAUGUUGACUGGACAACGGGUUUGGGGAGAGUAUGAUGAUCUUGAUUGGCAAAGUUGGGUUACUGUCAUUGCUAAAAGUGGUCUAGCUCCCAAUAUCCCUGAUUACUUGUCUGAAGAGGCUAAGGACUUUCUUACAAAGUGUUUGGAGAGAGACCCUGCUAAAAGGUGGUCUGUUGAUAGUUUGAUCAAUCAUGAGUUCUUGUAUGAUGAAGUAGAAGCAGAGAUAGAAGCAGAUGAAGCAAAUCUACAUGCUGUAGCGGCGUUUCAACAAGAAGAAGAGGAAGAAGAAGAAGUAGAAGAGGAAGUAGUAGAAGAAGAAGAAGAAAUAGGAGGAGGACGAGAAGAAGCAAUUGAAAUAGAUGAAGAAUACCCUAACGACGAUUCGGAAGAAGAAGAUUCGGAAGAAGAAGAUCCGGAAGAAGAAGAUUCGGAAGAAGAAGAUCCGGAAGAAGAUCCGGAAGAAGAAGAUGAAUUUGAGAUUUUUAUGUGACAAUCUACACUUCUUUGGAAUCUUUAUUUCAUUAUUGGUUUGAUAAAUCUGCAAAAUUAGGAUGUUUAUUUUAAAGACAAAAUAUGUUUCUGUUGCUCUGUAUUUUUAUUGAUUGUUUCAA